AUGUUCUGGGGCGUUAGCGAAGCAAUAGAUUUCAUAGAAGAAUACAUUCGUAUUUUAAAUUGCAAUGAUGUACAGGAAGGAAUUUCAAAUGAGAGUGGUACCCCUCAUUGUGAUAUAAACGAUGGAAGAAACAUAAAUAUUUUAUUAUUUGGUUCUAAUGAUCCAAGGCACGUGAUUAAGACAAUGGCUAAACUCUAUGCCCACCGAGCAAAAGGUUUUAAUCCACUCAUAAAUGUUUAUAUUGUCGAUGGAUGUAUGGAAAUUGUUGCACGAAACAUGGCAUUACUCGGAAUUGCAUUGGAAAAUCCCAAAAUUAUAAAUCUCCGAAGUAAGACGCAUAUAUUUAUGGAUGUCUAUGGCAAUUCUCUGUUCCGUGCCUACACGCAUCAAUACCUUGUGGCUAAAACGAAGUCGCUUCUAAAAAUGAUAACAGACAACGAAUAUCUACAAAUUUUGGCGCCCUUCAUGAACAUUGAUGGAUUGAAAUAUCGUGAGCGUGACGAUCUGCAGAAUAUUCUCAAUUUCUGGUUGCCAAGGCCAGGAAAUGUUUUCAAUAUCAAACUAUAUUGGUGUGAACGGGUCAGAAAAUCUUUGGGGACACGUUACGACUAUCGUGAAGGGCAAUUCGAUUGGGACCUUAAUAUGGUGCUAAAGGACAGAGGUGGAUCUCAAAUCUGUUCUCAGGAAUAUAGGCAUUGGCGUGAAACUGGUAUCGCAUUUACGUUCCCAGAAUUCGAAUAUAAUAUGCCAAAUAAAACAUUAGCAGCUGGAUUGGUACGCAAUGGCGAAAAGUAUUUGCAUCGUGGUUAUGUUGGCGACAUCCAAACUGGACCGUUUGCGAAUUUCGGCCUAUCUACUUCUGAUCAACGAAUGUUGAAAAGUGUACACGGAGAAAACGAUUAUCGUUCAACAGAUAUAACUGAGCGUAAUAUAUUGGAGUUAUUUCACGAACUAGUCUCUGGAACACCAUACGUUCACGAUCUCGUUCAUUCGCGUAAAUAUGGAUGUGUACGUCUUCAAAUGUGCAAAAGUCUCAUGAAUACUACAAAUGACGAUAUACCGAUGUUGUUAGAUUGUGACAAGCCCUGGAUAAACAUCAACGGAAUUACUAUUAAUUUUCUAUCUACGGACAAUAUUUUAGCAAUGCAAGACAAUAACUCAAGAUGGGCUGAAUUAUUUGAUAUUGUAUUCGUAUCACAUAACUAUUUUUCAUUUUUGAAAGAGUCAUUCGUUAAUAUUAUGCACCGGGGAUCUAUAUUAAUUAUGGAAACUAAAGCAAUGAGUACUGAAAGAAAGGAUGCUGUGAAUAAUUUUAAUGAUAAUUUAUUUAGUUUUGCGAAAAGAACAAAUCUGAAAUCUGUUAUAAAUUAUGAAUCCCUAAAUGCUAAGUGGACGCAUUUGAAAUUUCAAAAACUGUAA